AUGAAUGGAGAAGAGAGAAGUGAGGUGACGAUGUCUUGUGUCGGUUUUAUCAGCUAAUGUCGCUAUUUUGUCCAAUAUACAGAUGAGCAGUAUUCAAAAAUUAUCAUGAAUUUCUUUGGAAAUCAAGGAAUAAGAAAUGAUGGAAGGAGUACAGGAAACAAUAUGUCACCCCUCACAAACCCUGGAAUGCUACAGCAGAGUAAUAUGUUACUACAGGGGAGGUCUCCAGGUAACAUACAGCAAAUGAUGGGACUCCAGAUGUCGGUGGCUCCAAACAUGCAGCUCUUCAAUCCAGCAACUUUGCAGAAUGCAGGGACUGCAAUGUGGAAUACUCGAGCACCAGGUGCUUUGCAAGGUCUAAGACAAGGAAUGGCUAACCAGGCAAUGGCAAACCUUCAAAUGAUGCAGCAGGGAGCCAAUCAAAUGUUGUCAUCUUCAGGAGUUAAUAUGACAGGGGCCAAUCAGAUGCUUCCAGGUGCUGGAGGCAUUGUGACGGGAACCAAUCAGAUGUUUCAGAGGGGAAUUACACCAAUGAUUCCUGGUCUUAAUAUACAGCUGCCACCCCCAGGAUCAGGGCUAGGUAUUCUAGACACACCUAGCAUCCGAGCACCUGGGAUGAUCCCAAAUAUAGCACAGAACAUGGUGGGACUUCAAGCAGGUCUGUUCCAGCAGGGGAUCUCUCCUGUUGGUCAGAACCAGAGUGGUCAACCAUCUCCUGGAGUUGGUCAGUCCAGUAGGAAGGAGGAUCGAGAACGCAGCGGACGGGACAGAGACAGAUCUGACCGGGAGGAUAGGAGGGAUAGGAGGGACAGGGGGAGGUCAGAAAGAGGGGAUAGAUCCAGAGAUGAAAGCAGAACAAGAGAAAGAAGAGAUGACUCCAAGGGCUCAGGAAGUUGGCGAGAUGGAAGGUCAUAUGACAAGAAGUUUAGCCGUGGGGGUCGGGAGGGGGACAGGAGGGAAAGAGACAGAAGUACAGACUCCAGGGAUGACAGGAGAUACAGACCAGAUAGAAACAGAAGUCAGACAGACAGGAGCAGGCCCAGUAGAAGAUCCAGUCCGAGGCGAUCCCGAAGUCCCAUCAGAAGAGAAAGGGGUCAAGGUCGUCAGCCUGAUGGUCGUUCGGAGUAUGACAUGCUGAAUGGACAGGAUGAGAUAGAACUCCCAGAGGAGAUCAUUCCAGCAUGGCUCAGAUGUUCCCCAGCUGAUCUUUACUUCAGAAGAAAUAAUGAGACUGGAUGUUUUAAUGCUACAAAAAGAAUGCAGGAUUUGGUUGAGAAAUUUGAGAAUGAGUUGGUACUGAGAUCUACUCGAGUCAAAGAAUCCCGACCCCCGGUCAAUAUUCCAGACCGUCCUAUAGUAGAGAACCGACAUCAUCAUCAUCAUUCAGGUGAUGAGAGUUCCAGCAGCUCUGAGUCUGACUCAGAGUUGGAGGAGGGGGAGGAGCCAAAGGAAGAGGAGUGGCUAGAGGCCCUGAACAAGAGUAAGACGCACCCCUACAGGCUCCAUGAGGACCUCUGGUACAACGACAAAGGGGAGUUAAAUGACGGUCCACUUUGCAAGUGCAGUCUCAAGUCACAGAAGUCUGGAAUUCGACAUAGCAAGUACCCUGGGGAAAAGCCAAUACCCCGCUGUGACCCUCACAGUAACAACAGUGAUAAACUCUUUCACUACAGAAUCACCAUGUCUCCUCCCACCAACUUCUUGACCAAGGCUCCCACCAUAAUUGAACAUGACAACCAUGAAUACAUAUUUGAGGGAUUCUCUCUAUUGUCUCACGAAAAACUAGAAAAUAUACCAGUGUGCAGGGUCAUACGAUUCAACAUUGACUACACAAUUCAUUUAAUUGAAGAGCCCAUUCCAGAUAACUUCACACUGAAGAGUUUGGACCUCUUCCAGCAGUUCCUGUUUGAUGAGAUUCUGGAGCUGGUGGACCUGGACUGGAAAGGUCCGGGAACUGAGAAGCACUGUAACAGAUUCCAUCUCAUGCCAAGAUUUGCCAGACUUCUACCAGAAAAUGGUAAAGAAAUCCUGUCCAUGAAUGACGUGCUGACCUAUUUACUGAAGAGCUCCAAGCCACUGCUGGAGGAGACAGAACUGUCCCAGAUUCUGAAGUACAACGUCAACGAGUGGCAGGGCCUAGUGGACGAGGUCCGAGGUAGUGUGGUCACGUAUCCAGGAAUGAAGCCGACCAGUAUAAGGAUAGACCAGUUGGACAGACAACACGGUGACAGUAAUCACCUACAGUUCCCACUCAUCAUUCACUUUGGUAUCCGACCGGCUCAACUCAGUUACGCUGGAGAUCCCAACUAUCAGAGAACAUGGAAGCAGUAUGUUAAAUUCAAGCACCUGUUGAACAGUAAGCCCAAGGUCACCUUUACAGACAAACAGAAACUAGACGCUAAAGAAAAGUACCUACAGGACCUCAGAAUGAAAAGCUCCAUGAAAAGGGAGGUAACUGUUGAGAUUAGCAGUGAGGGAUUUCUGAGGACGGGAAUCAGAUCGGAUAUUACACAGCAUGCUAUGUUGAUGCCUGUACUCUUAGGUCACCUAAGGUUCCAUCUGUGUAUAAAGGAACUCCAGAAAGAAAUUCAGUAUCAAUUCAAAGACCCACAACUUCUUCAGUUGGCUUUAACUCACACUUCCUACAAAGUCAAUUAUGGAACCAACCCAGACCAUGCCAGGAAUUCUCUGUCCAACUGUGGAGUCAGGCAGCUAGAGUAUGGGGACCGCAAGAUCCAUUAUGUCCAUACACGGAAAAAAGGUAUCAACAUUUUGAUCAACAUCAUGUCCCGCCUUGGGAAGCAGGAUGAGUGUUCCUCAGAAAUCCCCCACAAUGAGAGACUUGAGUAUCUAGGGGAUGCUGUUGUGGAAUUUAUAACCAGUGUCCACCUGUUCUACAUGUUUCCUUACCUAGAGGAAGGAGGACUGACCACCUACAGAGCUGCCAUUGUCCAGAAUCAACAGCUAGCCGUGCUGGCCAAGAAACUCCACCUGGAGAACUACAUGUUGUAUGCCCACGGCCCGGAUCUCUGCCACGAAUCAGACCUGAAGCAUGCUAUGGCUAAUUGUUUUGAGGCAUUAUUAGGUGCUUUGUACUUGGAUGGGGGAAUUGACCUGGCAGAUAGGGUUUUUGGGGAGACCUUGUUUAAGGGAGAAGACAAGUAUCUAAACAUCUGGAGGGAACUACCACAGCAUGUCCUACAGGAGGAUGAACCGGGGUCAGACAGACACUGGAUAGAGUCUAGUCCCACACUGCAGAAAUUGGUUCAAUUUGAGGAGUCCAUUGGGGUGAAAUUUGAUCACAUUCGCCUGUUAGCCAGGGCCUUUACUCUCAGGAGUGUAGGAUUUAACCAUCUCACACUGGGACAUAACCAGAGACUGGAGUUUCUUGGAGACACUGUGUUACAGUUAGUGGCGUCAGAUUAUUUGUUUAAACAUUUCCCAGACCAUCAUGAGGGUCAUCUCUCUUUAUUAAGGAGCUCCCUGGUCAACAACAGAACUCAGUCCAUUGUUUGUGAUGACUUGGGAAUUUCUGAGUAUGUCAUUUUCUCAGAUGCCAGAGGAGAAAAGCAAGACAAAAAGACGAAAGAAAAGGCUGAUCUCCUAGAGGCAUUUAUUGGUGCUUUGUAUGUGGACAAAGACAUAGAAGUUUGUUACAAAUUCUGUGAAGUCUGUUUCUUCCCAAGGCUCAGGGACUUUAUUCUGAAUCAAGAUUGGAAUGAUCCCAAGUCCCAGCUGCAGCAGUGUUGUCUGACAUUACGGGAACUGGAUGGAGGGGAGCCAGAUAUUCCUGUUUAUAAGUGUAUUGAGUCUAUUGGUCCUACCAACACUCGUCGGUACACGGUAGCUGUCUACUUCAGACAUGAGAGACUCGCCACCGGGAUAGGUCACAGUAUACAACAGGCUGAAAUGUCGGCCGCCACAAACGCUCUGAUGGAAAGAUCAGAACUGUUUCCUAUCCUGGCCCAUCAGAAGAGAUAUCUGGAAAAGAAACACAAAAAGAAACGUCCGAGUAGGAAAGGUGGGCGUGACCAGAAUCCAGAGGAUCGUCGGGAAAACAGUGAGCGAGAAGACGCCAGGGUGCGGGAGGAGAGGGAGAGGUCAGGAGGGACCUCAACCUCUACAGCAAAUGAUAAGGAGGUCCUCCCUCAGAAAGUUACCUCCCUUAUUGAUUCCUUUAAGGAGAGGAAGAAGAAUUAACUGUUAUUGUAUUAGUCCAUUGUCCUUUUGUGAUUUUGUUGAGUCAAUAAUUGAUUAUUACACUGCCAUUUGUGAUUUUUUUCUAAAAAAAUUUUUUGUAAUGUAAUGAAUGAUCAAUUCACAAACAUAGUGCUACUUUUAUAUUGAUAUUUUCCGAUUGUUGUGUAUUUUGUUUGACAAAAUGAAUAGAGUGCUAUCUAAGUACAGAGGAAUUUUUCUAAUGAUAUCAGUGCUUAUAUUCAAACUGGAUAAAUUAAACAUAUAUGUGUGCUUGCAGAUUAAGAGAAAUACAUCCUUGUGAUAUUUUGUAUGUGAAAAGAUGCAAUUUUUUUCUGGUCAAAUU